AUGGGCAACAUCGGUAGGAGGAAUGAAAUGCCUCAACAGCUGAUCUUAGAAGUCGAAGUUUUCAACGUUUGGGGAAUAUAUUUCAUGGGACCUUUCAACCCACCCUCGAAUGGAAACAUGUACAUCCUGGUGGCCGUCGACUAUGUCUCAAAAUGGGUGGAAGCAAUCGCCAGCCCGACAAAUGAUCACAAGGUCGUAAUGAAGAUGAAGCACGGAGUCAAGCAUAAAGUCGCAACAGCUUACCACCCACAAACCAUCGGACAAGUGGAGGAUUGGGCAUUCAAGCUAGAUGAUGCGUUAUGGGCCUACAGAACAACCUACAAAACGCCGAUUGGGCGAACACCUUUCCAGCUUCUUUAUGGAAAAAACUGUCACCUGCCAGUUGAGGUAGAAUAUAAAGCAAUCUGGGCGACCAAACUCCUGAAUUUGGACAUAAAAACUACUCAAGAAAGAAGAGUAAUGGAUCUCCACGAACUUGAUGAAAUACGGUUGGAGGCUUAUGAUAAUUCGAAGAUCUAUAAGGAACGAACCAAAGCCUUUCAUGACAAAAAGAUCCAAUGCAAGGAUUUAAGAGCUGGAGACAAAGUCCUUCUAUUCAACUCGAAGCUUCGACUGUUUCCCAGGAAGCUCAAGUCAAGAUGGUCAGGACCCUUCGCAAUUAAAGAAGUUAUGCCCUAUGAGGCAGUGACUUUACUCGGGAAGGAUGGAACUGAGUUUACCGUUAAUGGGCAGAGAAUGAAGAAAUAA